GCUCCCCCACGUCUUCGAGUUCUUCCAGAGACCUGAUUCUCUUUAUAAAGCCUGUCUUGUUUCUCGCCUCCGAGCUCUCUCGGAUCCAUCCAUCCCUCGCUAGGUUUCGACUUCUUUUGGUGCUCUCCCUCUCUCAUCCUGUUAUCUCUUCUCUCUCGGCUUCAGAGCUUGUUGAGUUUUUCGCCGCCGCCUUCGAGCAGAGUCUUUUCUGAUUAAACAGAGGUGUGGAUGUUUUAAUGGAGUCCAAAGGUGGCAAGGAGAAGUCUAGCAGUAGUAGUUCAUUACAGUACGAAGUUCCCCUUGGCUACAGCAUUGAAGACGUUCGACCGCACGGUGGAAUCAAGAAGUUCCAGUCUGCUGCAUACUCCAACUGCGUGAGAAAGCCAUCUUGAUAUCCCUAUUUGAUGUCCUCUUUCGUAGAGUAGGAUUUCCCACAAUUCCAGUUUCAUUUCUGCUUUAAACCAACUUCUCUGGCUAGCUGCUUUUCUGAUAAGCAGACCUCACUCUCAGUCUCCCUUCUUGUCGCCCUCUCUUCUCCUUCAUUGACCACUCAUAUUCUCAUGCUUGAUUCUGAUUCGAUGGCAUCCUCGUUGGUUGAUUCACCGAACCCUUCCCCAGUCUCACCGAUUGGGUUUGAGGGCUACGAGAAGCGCCUUGAGAUCACUUUCUCUGAGGCACCUGUCUUUGUGGAUCCCCAAGGCCGGGGCCUGCGUGCCCUCUCACGGGCCCAGAUCGACUCUAUUCUGGAGUUGGCACGGUGCACCGUUGUGUCUCAGCUCUCAAACAAGGACUUUGAUUCUUAUGUUCUCUCCGAGUCAAGUCUCUUCGUGUACCCAUGUAAGAUAAUCCUGAAGACCUGCGGGACUACGAGGCUCCUUCUGUCCAUUCCCAGAAUCCUGGAGCUUGCCAAGGAGCUGUCGCUCUCUCCUCUGUCUGCAAAGUACUCCCGUGGAACCUUCAUCUUCCCUGGUGCCCAGCCAUCUCCCCACCGCAGCUUCUCAGAGGAGGUUUCUGUCCUUAAUCAGUUCUUUGGUGGCCUCAAGUCAGGUGGUAAUGCUUAUGUGAUAGGUGAUCCAGUGGCACCCAACCGUAACUGGCACAUAUAUUAUGCCACCCAGAAGCCUGAGCCGCCCAUGGUUACUCUUGAGAUGUGCAUGACUGGACUGAGCACUGAGCAGGCAUCGAUCUUCUUCAAGAAUUCUGUGGUUGGACAUUCUUCUUCCUCUAAGGAGAUGACAAAGCUCUCUGGGAUUUCAGAUAUCAUCCCCGAGAUGGAAAUAUGUGACUUUGAAUUCGAUCCCUGUGGAUACUCAAUGAAUGCAAUCCAUGGCCCUGCUUUCUCCACAAUCCACGUGACCCCAGAGGAAGGUUUCAGCUAUGCUAGUUAUGAAGCCAUGGGUCUCAACCCUGGCUCAUUGGUAUUUGGGGACUUGAUCAAGAGGGUUCUCAGGUGCUUUGGCCCUUUGGAGUUCUCUGUUGCAGUUACUAUCUUUGGUGGAUGUCGGCUAGCAGGCACAUGGUCGAAGAAGGUGGAAAUAGAUGGUUAUGCCUGUAAUGAUCUGGUCGAGCAGGAGCUACCAGGUGGUGGUCUGUUGAUGUACCAGAACUUUGCUGCUUCUGCUGUUACUGCUGUGUCGCCAAGAUCCAUCCUGCAUUGCUGGGAAGGAGACAGUAUGGAGAAAGCCGGCAACGUCGAAAAAACAGGAUACAGCUGGGAAGGUGAGGAGGCGGUGGAGGAGAAAGAUGGGAAAGAUAAGAAGAUGUUCUGAGAGGAUGGUUAUGGUCGUGAAAGCAAGUCUGUUAGUAUUUGCCUAUCUUUUGGCUUAAUUAGCUAAGCAGCCAGCCAGGCUAUUAGUAUUUGCUUAUGUUAUUAUAUAUGAUAUUUGAGUUUGUUAGUGGUAUGUUACUUUCAUGUGUUGGGGUCUGAAUAAGAGCUCUGGGUGGCUUGCUGUGUCUGCCACAAUGAGCAGUCUGUUUGGAAUUUAAAAGUUUUUGGUCAAGUGAUGUUUGAUGUUGGAUUAUCUGAACCUUAAUAAAUUUACAGAGCUUGAAUAAAAUGUGAGGUUGGUUAUC